AUGUUUGAACUUUCCUCACUGCAGCGACUGGCAGGCACCUUGGACGUUGUGGAUUUGAUCACCCCUACCAAGGUUGAAUGUGUGGGGAGCCAACGACGAGUGAUCAGCAGACCACAGGAUGCCAAGAAGUCAAAAGACCUCCGAAAAGAAGUGGAAGCUUGCCUGGGUGAAGCCACGCCGAAGCAGGUGAAGACAAAAGGACCCAGAAUCAGAAGGGGUCAAUGCCUGAAACCAAAGACAGUUGGAAAGAAGAAGAAGAAGGCUGAAACUGGUGCUGAAGAAAAAGAACCAGAGCCUAAAGCAGAUAAGAAAGAGAAAAAGACAACGAAGAAAAUGGAAGCUAAGCCGAUAAAGAAAGACGAAGACGAAGACAAAGAAGAGAAAUGUGAUAUGGAUGAUUCCACAGCACUCGGGGAAGGAGAAUCCAAAGAUGAUAGCGCCAAGCCAGCCAAGUCUACUGAGGGCAAGAGAAGAAGGCGACGGUUCAGGAAGAAAACACUCACCAAGCAUGACCUCAAACUCACCCUGGUCAAGUCGAUGCUUGCCAAGAAGGGAAUUAGCUGGCAGUACUCCCAGUGGUACCACUUCAGGUUUCCCACCACAAAUGAUGCCCAAGUAUGCAAGGAAAGCUCAGGCUUCAAGGAAAUGCAGGCUCGCAUGGCCGAAGGCAAACCUCCCGAAUGUCUGACUUGCAUGGCAAUGCUUGAGGAAUUUGAUCAUGAACUCCUGAAUGAGGAGCUUGACAAGAUUGACCUGGGAACGGCUGCAUCACCGUUCACAAAAAUGAAGAAAGAGGUUGAGAUAGUCACUGUGGAGGGCCCUGCUGUGCUGCCAUGUUUGCAGCCAGCUUCACCAAAACCACAGCCAGCGGAACAGACAGAAGAUCCAGAUCCAGCACAACUGGCCAUUGUCCCAUAUGAUGAGGCCAACAUGGGCUCUGAUCUCGGUGCAAGCAAUGCAGGGCCAGCUGAAGCUGGACACAAUGAUGACCAGGAGGACGAGGAAUCCAUGUGGGCUUUGUUCAAGUCAAUGAAGCAUUGCAGUACCCAAAAACACCUUGCAUCAGUGGGGCGAUGGGUGCAAGGUCAAGUAGAACCAGAUGACCCUGCAGAUAAACCUGCACCUCUGGAUGGUGGCCAGGGGACGGAUGCAACUCAGAUGGUUCCAUGCGAAGGGUUCUCUUUGACACACUCUCGGCAAAAAAUAUCCCAGUACAGCUCAGAGUUCAAGCUUUGGGCACGACACACGAACUUGGUCAGCCGUCUCACAAAGCUCCAGUACAAGUGGGACAUGGUUCGGGAAGAGCUCAGUGUUUUCCAUCUCGAAUGCAGACGAGUGGUGGAAAGGGUUACUGACCCUCCAACUUGCACCAAGUGCCUUCGAGGUGACCAAGGAUAUGCAAUGCUCCGAAAUUGCUGGCGCUUUUGCACGAAAUAUUGGGCGGCUCGUCUUUUGCACGCCAAGCUCUACAAGUCAGACGAUGCUGUGUCAGAGAUUGUGGACCAGAUCAAGCAAUCGCAGCUCUACAAAGCUCAGCAAUCCCGAAUUGAUGCGAUUCUGAAGCUGGAGAACAUUCAUUUGCAGCUGUAUGUGCGGAAAGGAUUCAGCUGCGUCUCCAAAGACCAAACGAAUGAUGUCCUCCGCACCUUCUUGAACACGAUAGUGCUGCCAUGCCUCACUGUCAACACCGCUGAUAGUGUGCCAGAGCUUCGCCAGAUGUCCUUGCAAUUGAGCGCUGCGCUUGCCAGUGGUCAACUGAGUGAGAUGGGCACACUCUGCGCCAAGAUCUCACAGGCGACAUGCGCAGGCAAAUUUGCACAGAAGCCGGCAGUGCUAGGCAUUCUGUGCAACCUCGUGGACAUGCUCGACAGAGAGGAGCGAAAUGUGACUACUUUAAAGAAACCACGCAAAAUGUCAGAGCUCGAGAAAGAUGUUGUUCAUGAGGCCACCAGCAUGCUGGUACUGAACAGUGCGAACGCCGAUCUGAUGAGAUGCUUUGGCUUCAGCAGGGAGGCAGCUUUCCGUAUGCAAGGCAAAAUAGAUUGUCUGCUGGAACAGGGAUUACCAUCGCCGGCGCUGGCAAUGAUGUACCCGGAGGUGGCAGCACAGAAUGCAUCGCUGAUCGAGGACUUCACGUAUUUACAACGGUUCCGCACAAGCGUGCGGCUGUACGGACAGAAUGGGGUCGUAGGUGGCCCGUUUCACAUGAGAGAUCUUACGAAUGAGUCGCCCAGUUGCUUCGCACCAGUCUCAACUGAUCUACAAAACAUGAACCUCAAGGAGAAGGCCAACCGGAUGUUUGAGUUCUUGCUGUGGGAUCCAUCUUUGAAGCGGAUUUACCCAUGGUCAGCGAAUUCCCUUCCAAUAGAUCUGAAGAGCAUGAACAGUACCACUACGGAGAUUGUGAAAAUCCUGGACCAUUUUCUGUCACAGCCAACAGGCGACCUUGUAAAAGUGUUUGUCAUGGAUGGUGAAGGCUGCAACAGCUACAUCCGAAAAGCUGUCUUUGGAGAGCUAGAUCGCAAGCAGCUUGAUGGUUUGAAUUGGUUCAGCAAGCUCCAGUUCCAUGAGUUGAAGGCAAUGGCUGACUGGCCCAGGUACCCGAUCAAAGCUGCCACAAUGGAAGGGCAAUAUGUGUAUGCCCUUGGAGGCGUGGCUCACGCCACCAAGAAUGCUGCAGGACAAAUGCAAAGUGAGCUGAGGGUGAUUUAUUGCGGCGACUUUUUUUGUAGACGUCGCAGGGACAUUGCAAAACAACAUGCCACUUCCAGCGUUCAGUCGGCUUGA